AUGAACAGAGCCCAUCUUGUCGUUAGCGUUGUAGCCGGCCAAAAAUUGAAAGAUAGAAGAACCGUGACAUGCAACCCGUUUCCUCUUCUGAUAGGGGACACCGAUUGUUUUUUUGGUCUGGGAAACUUUGGAGCAGCAUACAGGGUACCCGAGCUACAGCCUUCCGCUUCCACUACUAAAACCUGCCGUCCUACAGAAAAGAAAGGGCUGAUUGUGUCAGAACGAAACUGUUAUCUAAGCAAGCCGAAUAAUCGAGGUCUCAACAAGCGUAACAAUAAGGCUGUAAAAUAG